AAAGAAAAAAAUCUCACUGUUACAUAGAUGGUCAUUUUAAAAAAAAAUAACGGGGGGGGACUACUUUGAAAUCAAGAGGCUACAUUUUUUUAGCCACGUUUAAAAUAGCCCAUGCUUGUAUAACUGGUUGUUUAGAAUGCUAAUGCAUAAUAUAAAAUAAUAGCUCGAUAAAAAACAAAAAUGUACGAAACGUGUAGCUGUUCUCGGUGUGUAUGAUGUCAUUCUGUGACCAAGACGGAAGCAUCUGGACACCUCUCGCGAUACUGCUAUUCAGACGUGGGAUUUUGGAAAAAUCCAAGGAGGGUAGUGGCUGGUUGAGACUGACUGAACAGGAAAACCUUAAUAUGAGUGAUGAUAAACCUUUCCUAUGCACUGCUCCUGGCUGUGGACAGAGAUUUACAAAUGAAGACCACUUGGCUGUCCACAAGCACAAACAUGAGAUGACCCUCAAAUUUGGUCCAGCCAGGACCGACAGUGUCAUUAUUGCUGACCAAACGCCCACACCUACACGCUUUCUAAAGAACUGCGAAGAAGUCGGACUCUUUAAUGAACUCACGAGCCCCUUCGAUCACGACUUCAAAAAAGGGACUGAAGAUGACAUCAAAAAGUUACCACUGGAUUUGUCACCGCUCGCCACCCCUGUCAUACGCAACAAAACUGAAGAACCCGCCGCCCUAGAGGCCCAUCGAGGUAGCCCUCUGCCUCACCCGGAAUCUACGACGAACGACGACAAGGACUUAUCUUUGCAGCCAGCCUCACUGCCAACAUCCACUAUAGUCCAUCCUGCAUCCCUCCAAGUUCCCAAUGUACUCCUAGCAACCUCAGAGGCUAAUCUUGUUAUACAGCAAGCGCUCCCAUCGCCAACAUCUAGCUCUGUUAUUACCCAGGUCCCAUCCACUAGUAGGCCUAUAGUGCCAGUGUCUGGCACCUUCCCUGUGCUCUUACAACUGCCUAACGGCCAGACCAUGCCAGUCUCCAUUCCAGCAUCCAUUACUAGUUCCAGUGUACAUAUUCCCACCACGAUCCCACUUGUCAGACCUCUCACCAUAGUGCCUAACGUCCCAGGCAUCCCCGGUCCCCCCUCGCCACAGCCACAGCCUGCCCAGUCAGAGGAAAAACUGAAACCAGCCAGAAGCCAGCAGCUUCCUCCUCUAUCCAACGGUGAUGGCAAUGAAGUCCAGAGCAGCGACAUAACGCACACUGCUGCUCCUGCUUCACCAGCCCCAAUCCCCACUCCUACCCCAUCCACAUCCCUCCCUCUGGCCUCUAACGUGCCACCCGCCAGUGAAGAACCCUCUGCACAUUCCCUUCAGCAGCCGGCCACCUCCACCACAGAGACACCUGCUUCCCCGGUACCCCCUGCUCCAAACCCUCCAAGCACAGGGGGUCGGCGACGCAGAACCACAAGUGAAGACCCAGAUGAGAAGCGGCGCAAGUUCCUGGAGCGUAACAGGGCGGCAGCCUCGCGUUGCAGACAGAAGAGGAAAGUAUGGGUGCAGUCCUUGGAGAAAAAGGCUGACGACCUCAACUCCACGAAUGGACAACUUCAGAGUGAAGUCACCCUGCUGAGAAGUGAAGUGGCUCAGCUGAAGCAGCUCCUCCUGGCUCAUAAAGAUUGUCCUGUAACCGCCAUGCAGAAGAAGUCUGGCUAUCACCCCUGGCUGCCCAGUGGCACUCUCACAGUCACCGACAAAGACGAGAGCUCCGAGGAGAUGUCGGUCCCCAGCAGCCCCCAGAGCGAGGCCAUCCAGCACAGCUCCAUCAGCACCUCCAAUGGGGUCUGCUCAUCCUCAGCGCCCGCCACAUCCAACCAGAGCACAGAUGAGAGCCAGCCACUGAGCGGCGCCACCCAGUCUCUGCCUUCAGGGAGCUGAUCAUCCCGUCCUGAGCUGGAUUUGGUCACGGGAGCACUGUUCAAUGCCUCAGUGUCUCUCUCUCUCUCUCUCUCUCUCUCUCUCUCUCUCUCUUGCACUCUCUCUCUCUCUCGCUCACUCACACACACACACACACAAACACGCAAAACCACACAGUAAAGGGAUUGUCCUCCUGCCUCAUUUUGGAACAUACUCCUAUUAUUUAUUAUUCUCUCUUUAUGUUGGGUCCAUUUUAUCUUCUUUAGGCAAUAGUGAUGUUAUGAGACUCAAGGAGAAGGCACUUUAGGUGUAACGUAAUGCUGUUAUAACGUAUUUAUUCAUCUUAAUGAGUUUUUUUUUCAUUUAACAGUUAAUUCAGAAGUAGGGAUGGGCGUACUCCAAUAAUUUAUUAGGAAUUGUGUCAAUUGUGUGCAACUGAUCAUUGAUUAAUCGUGUUAACUCAGGUAAGUUGAAGUACCCUUCCAGCAGAGGCACGGGUGAUUGUUGGUGCACUAAAGAAAUACAGUAUGGUGAACUGCCAUAAUUUGAGGGGGAUACGACCAAACUCUGCCGUGAAUGGCGAAAAUCUGCGAGCAAUUGACAAACCCUGAAAAAUGUUUAUAACUGCCUGUAGAUGCCACAAAAUGCCAGCAAAGCACUACUUUUGUCGGAAUGAAGCUCCUCAACUCACUCAAAUGUUCCUUGGCAGCAAGAUGUCAUAAGAACAGCAAAUAAAUGAUUUUUGUAAGUAAAUAAUGGUUUAAAAAAAGAGCAAAUGCCGUAGCGCGAAUAUGCUGGGGUUCGCUGUACGUGACUGCAGCUAUGAGACAAAAUUUUGUCGGGCCAGACCAUUUGUAGAUGGGGCAAAAGAAUUUUUUUUUUAUUAAAUACUAAUACUGUUUGCAAUUAAUUUUAUGAAUACAUAAUAAAGAGAGCAAUGCAUUUGAUGAACCAAUUUUUGUGCAAAAAAAAAAAAAAAAACGGGAAAAUGAAUGAAACAAGUAUUACAGGAUUCUUAAAUGCUCAGCGGGCCGCACAUUGCCUACCUGAGCUACCCCAAUUGCAAUGGCACAACUCCGCCAUUUUGUUCACUCUGACACUGGCAUGGAAAAGGGAGUUCAGAACAUUCAGAGUAAUGUCAUUUGGUUAAUUUCCUACAUUGUAGAAAAUGGAGUCCAAUGCCCAUCCCUUCUCAGUAGGUUGGAAUACCAAAGUGUGUUGGCACAUUAAUUUAUUGUAUUUGUUUUAUUGACAUAAAGCAGCACUAUUUAAGUAGUCACCCAUAUUUUUAUUAUUUACAUGAUUUGCUUCCUGUAUUUUGCACAUUUAGAGAAACUACGGGUUUAGCUUCUUUUUUUUUUUUUCAAGCAGUGGCAGCUUUUGUCACAUGACACAAUUAAUUGUCAGUGGCUGAAUCCGAUGUUCCCAUUGGACUCCUUUUUAUUCUUUUGUUUGUGGUGGUGGGAUCCGCUGUAGUCGCAUCGUGCAGUUUGACUGUUCACACGUAGCCUCUGCCUGCUCAAAUGGAAAAGAAAAAAAAAAGUGUAAGAAGGUGUCCCGGUUAAAAGCGUGCGUUGUUUUUACAACAUUCCGCCCGUAGUUGAUUGUUACUGAAUCGGUGAUUGUAGGCCUGCAGGACAUUGCGUUGUCAUGGUGGCGGCCUUUUCGUUCAAUAGCAUUCAUGUUUUUGUAUCAAUGUUUAGCUGGCACUGUGGCUUGCUUUUGCUCUUUAAAUAUGUGUAAAUAGCUUCAUGCGGCAAACUUGAUGCUUUUCAGGUUGCUCAUUUUUAACAAAAUCACGUGAGCAACAUCACUGAUACAUUUGUAUGUUAUAGGUAUUGAACGUCUUAAUAGGAGUUCUUGCUGAGCUGUUUUGAACGUCGUUAAAAUUGCUUUUAGGGAUUUUCAUUCAGAUAAGCAGAAAUAAAGUAAGUCCCACCGUGAUGUUAAUAUUUAUACUCUACUGGCUUACUACUGUGUAGUCAUCCGAGAUGAUUAUUUGGUUAUUAUGAAUGUAUUUAUUUUUUACAUUUUGUGCUCUGCAUGACAUAAUGAUUCUCUGCGAGAAUUCACCAAUGUUUCAGUCGGAUAAAUAUCAGUCAACAAGGAGCUUUGUUUAGUUGAUCCGCUAAACCAGGGUGUGAUAUUGUGUUCCAUGUGUACUCGUGACUUGUGAACGUUCUCAAUGAAAUUCCAAUUGAUAACUCAUUGUAAUAAACCUUUUAAUAUUUA